AUGACACGAGCUCCACUGGAAUCUGAAGUGAGAGAAGGUGCUAUAAAGAGAUCGAUCGGUCAAAGCAACGUGCCUCUUGAAUCCUCCCCUUUGUCCGGCAACUGGGAAUGGGAUGAACGAGCUGGCCGGGCAAACAGCAACAGAUUCGUCGAUGGUAUGGCCAGUUUGACAAGUGAUCCAAAUGGCAGCGGUUAUCUUGGUGUUGCGUCUGGCGCUGCAUUACUGCGGGUUACUGACCCAAAUCCCAACGGAUCAGAAGAUCAGAUCGCAUCAGGUCAGAUUAUCGAACCGUCAAACAUGCCAACCCUAAGAAUUCCUUAUUCAUCCGACUCUCUCGGUGAGCUGGAUCCAUUUGUCAAACAAUACUUCAAUCUCUUUCACAAAUCCUACCCUAUCAUUCACGAGGCCACUUUUCGAGCUCAGUUUAUGCAUGUACUUCCGCGACCAAAGGCAAAGGCAUGGGAGGUACUCCUGUUUGUAGUGGCUGCCGUGGGUGCUUUCACUGCAUCGACGCAACCUUCACAGGAAGACGUGGGUCUUUUCGAGGCAGCGAAGGCACGCAUGUCGUUUGACAUGCUAGAGACUGGCAGCAUUCAUCUCGUGCAAGCUUUGACUCUCAUCUCGAACUACAUGCAAAAGCGGAACAAACCAAACUCAGGCUAUCACUACAUGGGUCUAGCUAGGCGUACUGCAAUGGCCAUCGGUCUUCACAAGGAGAUACAAUCGCCGACAAUGAAUCUUUUCGAAAGGGAAAUGCGGCGCCGAAUCUGGCACUGUCUCUACAUAUUUGACGUCGGUGCUAUCAUCACUUUUUCACGACCACUCGACUUCCCUUCCAAUGGUGUUGAUGCGGAACUGCCAAUGGAUGUACACGAUACGGCCAUCACACUGGGAACAAGACAAACACCACAUUUUGCCACAGAGACGACGAUAUAUACACACAUGAGAGCCCAGGUAGCAUUUCAUAUGGCAACAAGUGAGAUAUACUCGAAGAUGAUUUCCACGUCUUUUCCGUCUGCAUCAGAGCUGAUAGAAGCGGAUGACCGAUUAAUUUCACAUUGGCUAUCAUCCCUACCUCCUUAUUUCCAAGAAGACGCCACUCAAGAUGUGACGUUCAGGCUCUGCCAUUCUAUAUUGCGAUGGCGAUAUCGAAACUUCCGAACUCUCAUGUAUCGCCCAAUUCUUAUCCGACGUGUGAUGUCACGGCGUGGUCAAAUUGCUACCAAUGGUGAAGAACCCAAUUACCAUGAGGACAUUGCCAUCGAGAGGUGCCUGCAGGCAGCACGUGAGUCUGUGCAGCUGAUCUCGGCCUACUGGUUAAAUGAGCAUAAGAACACGAUGGCUUGUUGGUACGGGCUGUACUUUCUGUUUCAGGCCGUACUUAUUCCCAUCUACUGCUUACGCAAUGAUCCGCAAUGUGCAGCUGCCGAUGAAUGGCGUGAGCAGAUUACUCAAGCCAUGCGAACAAUUGAGUCAAUGUCUCAUAUUAUUGAAUCGGCCUCUCUCUUCCUGGAGAAAAUUCGUUCAAUUGCUAACCUCUACCCACUGAUGUGGCCAAAUCUUGAUAUCGCACACAUGGAUGGCUUCGAUACAUCUCUCCAAGCCUCAACAAUCACCGAUUUUAUGAACCAAAUUCCAGGGUUUGAAUGA